AUGAAUAAUAAAUUGCAAUGGGAGCUGGAAAGCUUCCAACACAAUUCAAAGUCAACUCAGUCUCUCAAACUCUCCUAUGAUUUAUUUCAAGAGUCAUCGCUUCUUGACUGGCAGCAUCGUCAAGUUCUAUCACGAGGAUUUAAGAACAUGGGAAACACGUGCUUCAUCAACUCAACCCUUCAGUGUCUUCUAUACACCCCGCCUCUUCAAAAUAUUAUUCUCUGUUUGGAUAAAUAAAAUAUCAAAAUUUACCGUAAGUAUCAUCAUUUUUAUUUUAAAUGUUCUAAAUUAAAUGAGAAAAAUAUAUCCACAGAUGUAAAAAAGUUUUUUGCACGCUUUGCUGCUUCAAGCGCUUAUUCAAAAGUUCAACGAGAAUUCCUGAUGAUUUUUUAAAAUACCUUCCGAGGUUUUCUCAGAGCUUUAGCUUAGGCAAGCAAGAAGACGCCCACGAGCUACUGCGGUUUUUAGUGGAAAGGAUGGAACGGAAUGUCGUAAGGCAAAUAUUUGGAGGUGUUUUAAGGAGUAAAGUUCAGUGCCUCAACUGUCACUUUGAAUCUGAAAUCUAUGAAAACUUUUUGGACAUUUCUUUGGAUUUGUCAGAUUCAGAUUUAGAAAGAUGUCUUGCCAAUUUCUGCAAAAAUGAGUUUUUAGAUGGCAUGAAUCUAUAUUUUUGUGCUCCUUGUGGAGUUCGAACUGUUGCAUGUAAGCAAUUUAUUAUAUUCUAUAAUUUAUCAUUACGUUUUAUACUUUAUUUAAUCAAAACUCAAUUUAUUUCUAUUUUUUGACUCUGAUUAUGCUAUAAUUGAUAAAAACACUAUAAUUAGAUAUAAAAUCCCCGCCAUUAAUUUUAACUCUCCAUUUAAAGCGGUUUACAAAUGAAGGGAAAAAAGACAUGACACAUGUCAAAUUCCCUGAAAAACUAAACUUUCAACCUUACCUGUUAAUGCCAGAGCAAUCUUAAUCUUGGCUAUCUAUAUCAUUUUAACGUCCACUAUCAGGCUGCUCGACCACAGCUAUCCCCAAAACCGCUUUGGCUAAAUUUCGUACCAUUCUCUUCGGGUCUGCCAAAGGUGUGACAACCUUGGACUUUUUUCAUCAAUGAGGACGCCAGUCUUGAAGUUUGGGCAUCGACGAUUCUUUCAGCUCAGGUACUUACUUGGGUUAGAUUGCCACCCUAAAGGUCCCAAUUUCCACCGCCUGGCGUAAGUGGUAUCUUAAGGAAAAUUUCAUUCCCUAACUCCCCCCCCCCCCUCCGUGAGCGAACAAAAAAAAUUUUGUUCGCUCACGGAGGGGGGUUAAUUUUUUUUUUUUAAAAAAAAUUUAUAUAUAAAUUUUAUAAAAAAUAUUUUUUUCGAAAUUUUAAAAAAAUCCUAAUUUGCAAAAAUUGGGAAGCAAAUAUUAAUUUAAUUUGCAAAAUUUAUGUUUUAAAACGCAAUUUGUUUAAAAUUAAACAGAAUUAGCUCUAGAUUUCAUUAUACUAAUUAUCACUUAUAUAUCAAAAUUUUUUUCCAUUAAAAUUUUUUCUAUUAAAAAAAUUUUUGUUCACUCACGGAGGGUGGGUUUUUGGUCAAAAAAUGGCGAUUUUUCUAAUGGUUUUGUUCGCUCACGGAGGGGGGGGGGAGUAAGUCAAUGAGUCCGAUAGGAAAAACAUCCCGGAUACAUAGCUGGGAUAAUUUAACAAGCGGAAGCCAAACCUUAUAAUUAAAUUAUUCAAGAAAUGAAUUGCGGUCGGAGACCAGAAAAUCGAGCAACGCCAUAUUUUAAUUAUAAUAUCAGAGCAAUCAAUCUACGAGCUUUAUGCAGUUUUAGUGCAUAUGGGAUAUUCAUCAAGGUCAGGGCAUUACUAUAGCUACAUUAAGGGCCCAAAUAACGAAUGAUAUAUAGCUAACGAUUUGUCAGUGCUUAAAGUCAAUUUGAAUAAGGUUCUUAAUGAUAGAUCAGCUUAUAUUUUAUUUUACAAAAAAUCGAAGGUUGAAGAUGUUGACUCAGAUGGAGCUGAUAUUUCAUUGGGAAAGAAAAAAGGAAGAUGCUUGGACUUUAAAGAGGAAAAAUUGAGGGAAAUCAAGAAAAUGAAAAUUCGAGGGGAUGGGAAAGAAAAUCGAAGGGUCAAGGGUUGCGAUGGUAAUAAGAUAUAA